AUGGACGACGACAAGCCUCUGGUCCCGCCAGAGCUGUGGGACGACAUCAUAGACUGCCUAUGGAACGACCGUCCCGCGCUCCUCGCCUGCACACUGACCUGUCGCGCCUGGCUUCCGAGGGCCCGCUUUCACGCCUUUCACAGCAUCAGCGUCGUUGACUUGUCCAGCUUCAAACGCCUCCACCGACUUCUCGACGCCUCUCCGCAUCUCGCAUCGUACGUGCGUCGUCUCUCUAUUGUCGGUGGCUGGACACAGGGUCUCCCAACUUCGACCACCCGGGUGGACAAGAAGUGGCCCGCGUUGUUGUCCCGGCUCCCCCUGGUGGAGGAUCUCACACUCUGUCGCUGGAAUGCCGCCAAGAUGAAACACGGGGCCUUGCGCGCCCUGUACAAAUCUCUCGAGGCCAUCCGGACGCUGCGGCUCGUGGAUGUACAGUUUCAACGGGGAACCGAAGACGUUCCGUGGCUCGUUCUGGCCUGCCCACGGCUCACCGCUCUUCAUUGUUGUGAUCUAGACAUGAUCUUGUAUCCCCAACCGUCCCCACCCAGGUCCCUCCCUCCUCGCAAGGAUGAAGAUUUCCUUGCAAGCACAGUCCGUCUUGAAUCUCUCAAGUUGUCAGAGACAGACCCGGCCAUCCGAGCCUGGCUUCUGAACAGCCCUGUAAUAUGCCAGGUUCAGCGGUUGUCGUUGGAUGUCUCUUGCACAUCUGUUGUUGAUGUAGGCGGCCAAGAUGUGUUCCUCCGACAGGCCGGCCCGGCCUUGCGCGACCUAGUCAUCUCUUUUUCAGCUGGAGACAGCGACCUGUUCCUCGAAGAUCUUGACCUGCGAAUCUGCACGGGUCUCGCUCACACUGAACAGCUUGCGACUCUCCAUAUCAAAUUUUACAACGUCUCGUCUAUGGAACAGUCCCAGUAUAGAGUUUUGGAGUGUGCGUGCUUUGUUCUCAACCACAUCACUCAAGCCCAUCGAUCACUUCGACAAUUCCGGAUCAGCUUUCUAUGUGACGACUUGUGGGAUUGCAUUGACUUUGGCCGCAAUGCGUGGAUGGAGUUUGAUCAAGCUCUAGCUUCUGUUGUGGCGAAGCGGCCCCACAUGCAAACUCUCCUCGAAAUUGUCGAUGAUAUGGACAGGUGGUAUAAGCCUGAAGACGAUUUGGAGGAAGAGAGUGACUAUUGUGACGAAGACGACGAACAAUUUGAAGACAGCGAUGAAGAUGUUAAUGAUAGCAAUGAAAUCCAAUGUAACAAUACUCAUGGGGAAUGCCAGAACCAGGCUAGUGAUGAUGAAGGUGAUGACGAAGAUGAAGAUGAUGAAGAUGAAGAUGAAGAUGACAAAGACGAAGAUGACGAAGAUGAAGAUGAAGGUGAAGACGAAGACGACGAAGACGGAGACGGAGACAAUUACUGGCAGGAAGUACAUCACCCAACGAUUCUAGAAGACACUCCGGAUUCCGUCCUCCAAUACCUGCCAGUCCUGCAACAAACCCAAUGCUGUUUGAUGAUUGCCCAAGGACGGCAAUGGAAUAUGGAUGCAGAAUUUGGUGGAUGUAUUAUCGGUCAGAAGUCCGAGUGGUCUUUCAACUUUGAUUGCCCAUUGCCUCAAGAAUAG